CCAUUACGGCAUUACCCGUUGAGAACUUUCGAGAAACGGCGGAGUGCGGUACUUCGGCAGUUGAUGUGUGCCCGAGUUUUAUUGUAUUCUAGAGUCUCGAGCGCGAACGAUUACAAAGACUUUUGUCCGAAAGUAUUUCGGCGAUCAUUGCUAGUUUGUGAAGGUCUUGAAAGAUCAAGCUCACGCUUUGACAAACACGUUUUAGACAAGUAUCUAUAUAUACAUCCGUUACCUGAAGUUUCAGACUUUCAAAUUGAAAAGAAGCUGAGUAGAAACAAUAUCCAUUUGAGGCAAUCGCUGUGUCAAUAGGACCACAAUGGUGAAAGAAACAACAUUUUAUGACAUUUUGGGUGUGAAGCCUGGCUGCUGCGACGAUGAUCUUAAAAAAGCAUACAAACGAUUAGCCCUCAAAUAUCAUCCUGACAAAAAUCCCAAUGAAGGAGAAAAGUUCAAACAAAUCUCACAAGCUUAUGAAGUUUUGUCGAACCCAGACAAAAAACGUAUUUAUGAUGCGGGUGGUGAACAAGCUUUGAAAGAAGGUGGUAUGUCCUGCAAUGAUUACUCUUCGCCAAUGGAUAUAUUUCAAAUGUUCUUCGGCAACAGAAGAAAGGAGCGCAAGGGCCAAGAUGUGAUACACUAUCUUUCUGUGACGCUAGAAGAAUUAUACAAGGGCACAGUAAGGAAAUUGGCCCUGCAGAAGAACGUCAUAUGUGAUAAAUGCGAAGGUGUGGGUGGAAAAAGUGGAUGCGUUGAACGAUGCCAAGUUUGCCAGGGCUCUGGUAUACACGUUGUUAUACAACAGCUAGGACCGUCAAUGGUACAGCAUCUCCAACGUCCGUGCACCGAUUGCCGAGGACAAGGUGAACGUAUUAAUGCACGAGAUCGCUGCAAACAUUGUAAUGGCAAAAAGACUGUUCGGGAUCGGAAAAUCCUGGAAGUUCAUGUUGACAAGGGUAUGAUGGACGGACAGCGAAUUCAAUUUAGCGGCGAGGGUGACCAAGAGCCGGGACUCGAACCUGGUGAUAUCGUAAUUCGUCUUGAAGAAAAGGAUCAUGACGUUUUCAAGCGUUCGGGCAACGAUCUCUUAAUGACGAUGAACUUGGAGCUGGUCGAGGCGCUGUGUGGUUUUCAGAAAAUCAUACGUACGUUGGACCAGAGAGAUUUGCUGAUAUCAUCAUUGCCCGGAACGGUGAUAAAGCACGGUGAGAUAAAGUGCAUAAUGGGCGAGGGUAUGCCAGUGUACAGGGAUCCGUUUACACGAGGCAAACUGACGAUUCGUUUCGUGGUUAACUUCCCAAAAUCUCUCGAUCCGAGUGUGAUACCAACGCUCGAGCAAUGUUUACCACCAAGGGAGGAAGUCAUCAUUCCCGACAGUGCUGAGGAGUGUACCCUGACUGAUUUUGAUCCGGAAUUUGAGGCAAGACAGCAGAGCGAUUCACGACAGGCUUACGAGGAGGAGGAAGGUGGAGCGUCGCGUCUUCAAUGCGCCGCACAAUAAUUUCGAUCAUGCUAAUACUGAAAAAGAAAAAAAACAAACAAACACAAACUCCCACUGAAGAAAAGAAAAGGAAAACGAGAUCAUUGUUCAUCGCAAAAGCAUUGCAUAAUACACACACAUCCUGCACACAUUCGCGACGUAUAACUCCAACUCCAUUCCUCCUUCCCUUUCAAUCGUCGACUCGGAUUUCACCUCGGGGAUCAAUUUGCAAGGGUGUGUACGCAGGCCCGAUGUUCUCGUCGAGUCGAAACGAAAACUUUCUUUUUUCUUCAACCAUGUCCAUUUUUCCAUAAUUGUCGCGCGUCGUCAAUCAAAUUUUCGAUGCCGUCUUUAAACAUCGAUUGGCCCACCAACGAAACAUCGCGACUUGAAAUAAUACGUACAUAACGGAACGGAUAAUAUGGUGUCUUGUUCUUUUUUUUUUAGACUUUAUGAUUUUUGACAAAAAAUGGUAAACGAUGUGUCGAUCAUCGACAAGUUGUGAAGAUACGUUUUUUCUAUUCCAUACAUGACACGAUGCCUAUUCCUUGCACCCCUCCACUCCUUCAUGACUAUUCGUCCCAUGGAAAAAUACAAAAAGAAAAUAAAACACGAAAGGAGAAUAAACGAAAAUACGUAAUAGAUAUUUAUUCGUAGACGCGUGAAUUUAGACAAAAUGAAAUUAAUCAUAGACGGAGUGUAAUGACGGAAAUUGCAUAAUACACACUCCGGUGCGUUUCAAAGCGCUUAGAGUAUCAUAGACUCGAAUCAUGAACGUUACGAAAUUAUUUCGUCACGAAGAUCAUUUUGGCUAAACGCAAUGAGGUAUUUGGCGAUACGCUGACGUCUAAUACAAUUGUUCCUCUCAAGCAAACAAAAAGUAAAAAAUAAAAUAAUUAGAUGAAUAAACGAAAAUAAUAUCUUGAUGUCUCAACUUGUCGACGUAUCUGAUUUUUUCAAUUUUUUUUUACUUUUCUAUUUAAACAUUUCUUUUUCCCCUCGAUUUCAUGAUAUUUUUUAACACCAGAUUAGGAACGAAGUUAACGGAAAAAUGUCUGGAAAAACAAAAAAUAUUUAACGCUUCACGUAAAAUGUGCACUAAAUUGAUCGAAAAUUAUCGUACACCGUCGAGUCCGAGUCGACAUUUCAUUCCACAGUGGUCAUGGGUCCCAAAAUGAAUAUAUUUCGAGAGAAGAAUGAAAAAAAUAUUCUCAAUUUUGCAAUAGCAAAUGCAAUUUGUCCAGUUUUUAAUAACAUCUUUAAACUCGAUCGAUUACGCACGCGUUAGUUCAAGAACACAGUAAAAACAUCGUUGAAAGAUAAAUAAACGAGUUGAUUAAUUUAACCGAAUUAUCAUGUAUUCAUCAAUUUAAUCGGGGCAGCUCUGAAUAAUACAACAAACGAAAAUCUACAGAGCCGAGAAUAGUUGUUGGUCGGGUUCGAUCGAUAUAGUAUAUUCAACUUAACAUUUAAUAUUACAAACUUUAUUUCGCGGCUCUUUUUGGGUUAUUCGUUUAAUUGUUCUGUAUGAUCAUGUUUCUUAAAAUAGUUAGCAUAAUACACGUGAUUCUAAUGAUUCUACUCCGUUAUCGAUGUCAAUAGCGUUUAGACGACUUAUUUUUAGAUGAUAAAUAGACUUAAAAAAAAAAACUAAGCGUAUUAAUCGGUCGAUUUCGGGUGGCCCAACAAAACAUCGUUGAGUUAUUGUGGCUAAGUUAUAACACUUCGAAUACCAGCCUCUUGAUAUUCCUUCUACGUUUUUUUUUCAUCGUCACGAUGGAAAACAACACGAAUUUCAGACGGACAUGUUCAACGAUUGAAGUAUAAAAUAAAAUGAUUGAAACAAGCGAUGCUGUUGGAAAAACUAUAACGCCAACGAUAUUUAUCUCGUAGCAAAGAGGAAUUAAGAAUCUAACAAAUUACGUGCUGGUUUAAAAUACACGAUAGCUAGAUUUCAUUGAAUAGACGGAAGAAAUAAAAUCUGUAAUCUAAUUUAUUAAAUAGAUCAAUUCUUCAUGAUUAUUGAUGACGUCUCUAAUACACAAUUGAGUAAAGAUAAUGGGACAAACAAAAAUGAGA